AUGUUGUCCUUCAAUCCACCAGCCGUUUACCAAGCCUCAAAGUGCUAUGUCACGUACGGGGUCAUGAGGCAUCUGGACCCAAAACAGGCCCCUUCGAAGUCGAAGCCGUGGGCGACAUUUACAAGCCAAGACUUUGUCCACAGAGCUGACUUGAUUAUACCCCAAGAAGUAUUUGAGCUGGUCCAAGAAAAGCUUCUCCAGGAGAUGUCGGCCCCUGAAUUCAAGAGGGUGGUCAUGUCACUGCAUAAUAUUUUGUCUGGGGAGUUCUUCACAGAGUACAUCAAGAAUGGCAACAUCAUGAUGCUCUCUGAGGGCAGGAGAGGAAUCGACAACGUCUUUGCUUUACGAAACGGCACGCUCACCAUGAUCCUAGAUAAGGAAGCAUAUGAAUGCGCAGGCUUGGUUGGGAAGCCCCAUGGCGUAAAGGGGAAACGCGGGCUCAAGCCCUGGUGGAUCGUCGAAUUUGACCUCACGGCCCCUUCCAUGUUUCCAGGAAAGAAGGGGUUUGACCGGCUGAUUUACGCGAGCAGAAAUGCACUCGCCGAGCCCGUGACAUGGCUAUUCUGUAACAUCGGUUCAACAACUCCUGAACCGGAUCCGCUGGCGUGCCACUUUCCCACCAAGUACACAUCCAGCCCUGGUAUACUGCGGGACAUCCACGUGGUGAUGCCCAAGCUUUCUCCGGACGUCGACUCCCUCUCCUCCAGUGGCAAAGACGACUUCGAGGACUUUUCAACCGGGUUGUACGAGUGGCUAUCUCUCGUCCGCCUUCAGAGCCCACGCAUCGAGGUGGGGGACAAGAUAGACCCGUACCUCUCACGGUACCAAGUCCCGGAAGCCCGGACGGAGAGCAAGAUCUGCAAGAUCAGCUGGCAAGGCUUCCUUGCACCAUGUUGGUCCCGGCAGACCUUGAUCAACAUCAUCACCACGCUCCAGCCCAAGACCUGGUUCUCGUUCAGUACAACCACCUUCUCGAAGGGCCUUGCCGGGGAUAACGCCGAGUGCACAAUCCUCCGGAUGCCCAACCCGACAGGGGAGUACCUCAUGUGGGAGGUCAUAGGACACGGGUGA